AUGGCUAAAGGAGAAGCAGCAGAUGAAUUAUUACCUUUAUGGAGGGUAGAAGAGGUGAUAUCAGAAACUUUAGGUAUAGAUGUUGGUGUUGCUGAUAAUGUUAUCAAUUUAUUAGAAGAUGGAGCCACCAUUCCUUUCAUAGCCAGAUAUAGGAAAGAACAGACCAAAGAUCUGGAAGUUGAGAAGUUAAGAGAAAUUGACAAAUUAGUCAAAGAUCUAACUGUAGUUAGAGGAAAGAUAAACACUGUUCAUGGAUCAAUCAGUAAAUUAGGGAAGAUGACAAGUGGAUUGGCUGAGUCGCUACAAAAUGCACAAAGUUUGGAUGAAAUUGAAAUUUUGUAUGCCCCUUUCAAGCCAGGACAUAAGGGAACAUUGGCUGAGCGUGCUAAAAAAUUAGGUCUUGAACCCACAGCAUUAAUGAUUUUAGAUGGAAAACAGUUCAAUCUACAGAAACUAGUCAAUAAACAGGAAAAGGAGCUAAAUACCAUAGAUAAUGUAGAGAAAGGUAUAAUACAUAUCAUAGCUGAUAUUAUAUCUAAAGAUAAGAAAUCUUUUGAUCAACUCAGAAAAAUUAAUGUUAUGCUACAUUCUAAGGAAACUAAACAAUCAACUGGUAAGAAGAAUGAUGGUAAGAAAUCUGAUGAAAAAAAAGUGAAAGUAGAAAAAGGAGUUAUGAAGAAAGAAGAUAGUUAUAAAUUUGAACAAUAUUUUGAUUAUAAAAUACCAGUUAGAUAUAUCAAACCACAUCAAAUAUUAGCUAUAAAUAGAGGUGAAAGUAAGAAAUUCCUAACAGUGAAAAUAGAAAUACCAGAUAAUAUUAAAUAUAGUUUUAUUAGAUAUUGUCAGAAUAUUUGGUCUAGACAUAUUAAUAAUAAAGACUGUAGAGAUAUUAUAGAGAAAAGUAUCAAUGAUGCUUAUGAUAGAUUGAUAUUACCUCAUGCUUGUAGAAAUAUCAGAUCAGAUUUAUCAAAGAAAGCCGAAGAAGCGUCUAUUAAAGUUUUUGCAGAUAAUUUAAAAAGUUUAUUAUUACAACCACCUAUAAAGGGAAAAGUUGUGUUGGGUGUAGAUCCAGGAUUUAAAAAUGGUUGUAAAUCAGCUGUUAUAUCUCCUACUGGUCAAGUUUUAGAUACAAUGGUGUUUUAUUUACAUGAUUUUAAAUCUAAAAAAUUUGUAGAGGAGGUGGUUUCAAAAUACAAAUGUGAAGUGAUAGCUAUUGGAAAUGGUACAGCUUGUCGUGAGACUGAAAAAUUCAUCAGUACCUUAAUACAAACUAAAGUAUUCAGACCAUUAGAUGUUUAUUAUACUAUUGUAGAUGAGAGUGGUGCUUCAAUAUAUAGCUGUUCUAAAGUGGCUGAAAAAGAAUUUCCUAAACUUGAUCCAACACUUCGUGGAGCAGUGUCAAUAUCAAGAAGAUUACAAGAUCCAUUAGCUGAAUUAGUCAAAAUAGAACCUAAACAUAUUGGUGUGGGAAUGUACCAGCAUGAUUUAUCUGAGACUAAAUUAAAAACAUCAUUAGAUUCAGUUAUUGAAGAAUGUGUGAGUUUUGUUGGAGUAGAUUUAAACACUGGUAGUGAAUGUCUGUUGAAACGUAUAGCUGGUUUAAAUGCUACAAGAGCUAAGAAUAUAGUGGAAUGGAGAGAAAAGAAUAAUGUAUUUACUAAUCGUCAACAAUUACUCUCUGUUAAAGGAGUAGGUAGUAAGAGUUUUGAACAAUGUGCUGGUUUUAUAAGAAUAGUUAAUUCUGGUCAACUACCUCAAGCUUCUACAAGGUUUCUAAUACUUACUUACUUUUUAAUCUUGAGGUGGUCUGUAGCACAGCUUGCGGCAAGUCUCGCAAGCGAAUAUGCCCACCAGCAGCUUGAUAAAGAGCUAAAUGUGAACGGUAAAACAAACUCUAUAUCUGAGAAAUAUGGAACUGGUUUACCAACAUUAACUUUAAUAAUUGAUGCUUUAACACAAACUAAAUAUGAUAUAAGAGAAGGUAAUCAGAAACCAUUAUUUAAACAAGGUAUUACUGGUAUAGAAGAUUUAAAAACACAAUCUACCUUAACAGGAAGAGUCACUAAUGUUACACAUUUUGGUGCCUUUGUUGAUAUAGGAGUCGGUCAGGAUGGAUUAAUACAUACUAGUAAUAUGUUUACAACCAGAGGAAGACAAGAACUUCAUCUUGGAGAUAGGGUACAGGUUUUAGUCACAAAUAUUGAUGUUUACAAGAAACGAAUAGCUUUGAAACUUUUAGAUGUGCUAUGA